AUGGUGGACGCGCGGAUUUUUUGAAAGGGCUCAAGUUUAUCAACACAUAUUACAUUUUUUAUUUGGGUCACCGUCGCAUUUUGUGAAUCAACGCCUACAGUGAUUGGGAGCCAUGGACACAGUGGAGACUCGAUUCACCCAUUUGUUGCAGCCUAUCCGGGAGCUCACGAAAAACUGGGACAUAGAUGUGGCCUCGGAGUUGGCAGAUUAUCUAGAGGAGUUGGAUGAGAUGUGCAUCUCGUUCGAUGGGGGCAAAACCACUCUGAACUUUGCAGAGGCAGCGCUGCUCAUACAAGGCUCAGCAUGCAUUUACAGCAAGAAGGUGGAGCAUUUGUACAACCUGGUGUACCAAACUCUGGACUACAUCAAUGACAGAAACAAGAAGAAAGAUAAACAAGCAGUGACAUCUGGAGAGGAUGGCACGGAUGGGGCCUCAUCCAACAAUGCUAAUGAUGAUGACGGCGGGUUUGACUCCUUAGACCAGGAUACAACAGAUGUCUCACUGCAGUCAGAGAUGAAGAAUGAGGCAAACACAAAUGUGGACGUGGCCCCUCUUCCGCCCGAGUCUCUGAUUCCGCCUGAGGCGUUUGAGAAACAGAAGCUGCUUCUCAUCAGUCUGAAAGGAGAGGUACUGGGCAGCUGUAAGGACUUCAGGAUGAACACGUUCACUCCGGACGCCCUGGGUAUCAUCCGUCUCUUCCUGGCCUCUCAGUCCUACUUCCUCAGGGAUGCCCUGUCUGACGCACCCCUGGCCCCCGUCACCUUGUUCGGGCACCAAGAUGACGCAGAGCUUGCAGCAGGGGAUGCCAUGUCGGGUGUUGCCGGGGACGAUGGUGGUGAUGGCGGUGCGGAGAACUUCCUGCCCCUGGAGGACAACGGGAUGGAGAUGGACCAGGGACCUGAGAAACAUAUUGACAGACACCAGGCCCCCAGUGAAGGGAGGGUGUUGAGGGAGAGGGGAGGAGUCCAGCUCUCUGAGGAGGAGCAGAAGAAACAGAGGAAGGAGGAGGAGAGGGCCCAGACGGCAAACAUGUGGAGGUUACAUGACCUUUAUGAUACAGUCGGCGAGGACAAGCCUUUGAAAACAGGGAGAUGUUAUAAGGUUCCUCCGGGUCUUGAUGAUUCAGGGAAGCGGAAAAGGAAAGGCCCCUCUGCGCUGCAAGACUUCUGGACCUGGUACACUGGCACCUAUGACCCCCGUGAACCCAGGCUAAAGAAUGGACCCACGUAUACAGACUUGAACUACAUCUAUAUGAGUAAAAUGAAAGACAAGCUGAAAACCCGGAAGAGGAUUCUUGGAAAAACGGGUGUGUUUGUGUCUGACGAGGAGCUGAGAAGAACGUACCUGCAGCUGGACGAGAGAGAAGAGCGGGAGGAGGAGUUAGAGGGCCUCAGACACCACGACCUGCUAGGCCUGCUCGAUGACCUCUCUGACAACGAACGUGACCCUUUGACUGAUGAAGCCCCGGCUGACUUCCUGAGUGGACAGGACUUCGUACCAGGGGCAGACAUGGACGGACUGAGUUACGAAGACCUGGUGAAGAAGAGUGUGGAGCAGUUCCUGGUGAACUCCCAGGGUUAUGCCCAGGAGACGGCACUGUCGAAAAGAGUGAAGGAAUGGGAGGACAAAAUACGACCGGAACUCACCUAUCAGGAGGUGCGUGCUACCUUUGACAUCCAUGACUAUGGGGACAGGAUCGUAGCAGCUUUGAACAGUGUGGGCCAGAGGAGGACCUUCUCCUCUAUAGUCCACGGCAUGGACAACUUCGAGGCCUGCAAGUACAUGCUGGCUUCCCUUCAACUGGCCAACGACUACACCGUGGAGGUCGACAGGAGUGAGGGUCUCGAGGAAAGCAUCGACACCAUGGGACUCACUCUGCUCAGCAAACACCGGGCCAACCAACGAUUCAAGAAAGCCCCUGCAGCAACCUCCGACUCAUUCAUCUCCUGAUCCUGUGUGCGUGCGCUCUUGUCUCCUACAGACUCAGUGGGGACUAGAGACCCAUUACUCUGAAAUGUGGUACGCACUCCUGUGUGUGACGCCACUUGUGCCUACCGGACCACUGGUACUGACCUGCUCUAUCAACAACCUGGCUGCACCCAUUCUCUCCUCACGUACUUGCUCUUAUUUCAUUUCAACCUCCUGUCUAUUGUUUGUUCUUUGUCUCUGUCCUCUGUAUGUAUCAUGUCUCUGUAUUCCUCUGGUUCUGUCAAGAGAAAUAAUCUCUUUUUAUCUCAUUCACCUGCAUCUACACAAUAUGUUUACCAGAUGUGGCACUCAGGGUAUGUUGGUAGUCUUGACUGACCCUAAGAAUGAUCACCCUGUUCACAAUGUUUGCCUUCGUAUCCAUGACAAUUGUAUACGUUGCUUUUUAUUUGCAUGUUUGUCCAAGUGGUGUAGAACUCAUACAUUUUAUAUAUAUCAGAUGAGAGGACUUAAGAAAAAUGUAAUCAUUUUUUCUUUCAUUCAAGCGAACAACCUAAAUUGGGAAAUUGUUUCACUAGUUUGUAAGGAAAUUAUAUAUAUUCUUUUACAACGGCCAAAAAUGUAUAUAAAAUAAAACGAGCAUGUAGAUUUUACAAAGAUUAUAUGAAGACACUUUCAAUAUUGCAACACCUACUAGUGACUGUAUACCAGUGAUUGUAGUGCCCUUGACAAAAGACUAGUAUAAAGACAAUUUCAUAUCCUAACCAUUAUUGGUGUCGGACAAAAGCAAUUUAUUGCACACACAGAAUCAUCAUAGCCUCGAUGAAGCGUCCAUAUUGUUGUGGUCCAGUCUGGUUUGAGAAUAAUUCACAGGGCCUCAUUUCUGAUGAAGGAUUAUUGUUAUCUGGACAUUGGGUUCAGUUUAAGUGUAACAUACUAUAGGUCUUUGAUACAGUCUUGUUGGUGUGGUUACCGUCAUUCACUCAGAGUUUGACGUAGCUCUUCAUAUGGUUCCUGAUGCUCUCAGCAAUCUGCACGUCGUCCUUCAUCCUGUUGUAAUAGUCCAGGAACAGUCCAUCUGGGUUGACCAGGUAGAUGAGGAUGGUGUGGUCCACUAUAUAGUCCCCGUCCUCAUCCUUAGGUCCAGGGCUGGCGUACACCCUGUAGUCCUUCCCCGCCACCUUCACCUCCUCUGGGGUACCCGUCAGGCCGAUCAGCCGGGGGUGGAAGUCCUUCACGUACCUCUCCAGGGCCGCCACGUUGUCUCGUUCCGGGUCGACCGUCACAAACAGCGGUUGGACCGCGGGGAGAGACCGGUCCUUGUCCAGAGCGCUGACCACAGCAGAUAUCUUAUCCAGCUCAUCGGGGCAGAUGUCAGGGCAGUGGGUGAAGCCAAAGUAGAGGAGCACCCAGCUCCCCAGGAAGUCUCUCUUGGUCCUGCGGUGCCCCCUGUGGUCGAGGAGGCUGAAGUCUCCCUGGCCCAGGGCCACCUUUUUCAACUGCUCUAUACGCUGCAUUCUGUGAUUUUGCUGCUUCUCGUUACGCACGUACCACCAGGUGCCAAGCAGUCCCCCGCCGAACAGCAGGGUGACCACCAGCCGCGUUCGCAGCCUGAUCUUGGCUGUGGAGGUGUUGGGUCCCUGGGAGAGGGCGACCCUCUGGGUGAAAAGGGGUAGGGAGAAGGGGCCACGGGAACUCCCCAGUGUCUGUUGCGGGUGUGUAAAAGGGCCAUACAGCCGUGUCCUAUGUUUAGGGGUAUGGUGUCCACAGAGGGGUGCCUGUGAGGAGAGCCACGCCCUCUGGGGGUGGUGUGUGGAGCCAGAAGUCUGUUGGACUGUUGAAGACCUCAAGGUGCAUCUCAGGAGUCUCCCAGAUGUAGCAUGGAGGUCACUCCCUAUGAAGCCUACAAGUCCCAGCAUCCUUCUCUCUAGACACAGCAUACUUCCCCCAGCAAACCUAGAGGGGGAGGGUUGAGAAAAGGGUCGUCACUAGUCACCACAGCCACAAACCCUGUCUAUUUCUACAAUUUACCUUCUUAAAAUGUUAGUGUUAAACCUAACCUAAUUUUUUUAUGCGUUUUUAAGAUAUAGCCAAUUUUGACUUUGUGGCUGUGGUAACUAGGGGAAACCAGAAAAGUGAGAAUGUAAGCAAGCUGUGUGUUCCCAAGGCAAACCAGCCCAUUCAAAUCAAAUUUUAUUGGUCACAUACACAGAUGUUAAUGCGAGUGUAGCGAAAUGUUUGUGCUUCUAGUUGACAGUGCAGUAAUAUAUAACAAAUAAUCUAACAAUACCCCAACAACUACAUAAUUCACACAAAUCUAAUUGGGUGAAUGAGAAUAUGUACAUAUAAGGAUGAGCGAUGGCCGAGUGUCAUAGGCA